AUGCCCAUCAACAAAGAGAAGGAAAUACAUGUAGUAACCAAGCGGCCGGUGCUGGUGCUGCAGAAUGAAGCCCUGUACCCCCAGCGCCGUUCCUACACCAGCGAGGACGAGGCCUGGAAGUCCUUCCUGGAGAACCCGCUCACCGCAGCCACCAAGGCGAUGAUGAGCAUCAAUGGCGACGAGGACAGUGCCGCGGCGCUGGGCCUGCUCUAUGACUACUACAAGGUCCCCAGAGAGAGGAGGUCGUCCACAGCAAAGCCAGACGUUGAGCACCCAGAGCCAGAUCACAGCAGAAGAAAUAGCCUGCCAGCUGUGAUCGAACAGCCUCUCAUUUCUGCCGGAGAAAACCGCGUGCAAGUAUUGAAAAAUGUGCCGUUCAACAUCGUCCUUCCCCAUGGCAACCAGCUGAGCAUUGAUAAGAGAGGCCAUCUCACCGCUCCUGACACCACAGUCACGGUCUCCAUAGCAACGAUGCCUACCCACUCCAUCAAGACGGAAAGCCAGCCACACGGCUUUGCCGUGGGGACCCCCCCAGUGGUGUACCACCCUGAGCCUGCCGAACGGGUGGUCGUUUUCGACCGGAACCUGAACACGGACCAGUUCAGCUCUGCAGCUCAGCCCCCAAAUGCUCAAAGGCGCACCCCAGACUCCACCUUCUCAGAGGCCUUCAAGGAAGGCGAGCAGGAGGUUUUCUUCCCCUCGGAUCUCAGUCUGCGGAUGCCUGGCAUGAAUUCAGAGGACUAUGUUUUUGACAGUGUUUCUGGGAACAACUUUGAAUAUACCCUAGAAGCUUCCAAAUCCCUUCGGCAGAAGCCCGGUGACAGCACCAUGACGUACCUGAACAAAGGCCAGUUCUACCCCAUCACCUUGAAGGAGGCGAGCAGCAAUGAAGGGAUCCACCACCCCAUCAGCAAGGUCCGGAGUGUGAUCAUGGUGGUGUUUGCUGAGGACAAAAGCAGAGAAGACCAGCUGAGGCACUGGAAAUACUGGCACUCCCGGCAGCACACGGCCAAACAAAGGUGCAUUGACAUCGCCGACUACAAAGAGAGCUUCAAUACCAUCAGUAGCAUUGAAGAGAUUGCGUACAACGCCAUUUCCUUCACUUGGGACAUUAACGACGAAGCAAAGGUGUUCAUCUCCGUGAACUGCUUAAGCACAGACUUCUCUUCUCAGAAGGGCGUGAAGGGAUUGCCUCUGAACAUUCAAAUCGAUACCUACAGCUACAACAACCGGAGCAACAAGCCUGUGCACCGGGCCUACUGCCAGAUCAAGGUCUUUUGUGACAAGGGCGCGGAGCGGAAAAUCCGGGACGAGGAGCGGAAACAAAGCAAGAGAAAAGUUUCUGAUGUUAAGGUGCCGCUGCUGCCCACCCACAAGAGACUGGACAUCACCGUGUUCAAGCCCUUCCUGGACCUGGACACCCAGCCUGUGCUCUUCAUCCCCGACGUGCACUUUGCCAGCCUUCAGCGCGGCACUCACGUUCUCCCCAUCGCCGCCGAAGACCUAGACGGUGAAGGAUCCAACAUGAAAAGGGGGCCGUACGGAACAGAAGAUGACUUCGCCGCUCCACCUCCUGCCAAACUGACCCGGCUAGAGGAACCAAAGAGAGUGCUGCUCUACGUGCGGAAGGAGUCCGAAGAAGUCUUUGAUGCCCUGAUGCUCAAGACCCCGACUCUGAAAGGCUUGAUGGAAGCUAUCUCAGACAAGUACGACGUUCCCCACGACAAGAUCGGGAAGAUAUUCAAGAAAUGCAAAAAGGGGAUCCUGGUGAACAUGGACGACAACAUCGUGCAGCACUACUCCAACGAAGACACCUUCCAGCUGCAGGUGGAGGAGGCAGGAGGGUCCUACAAGCUCACCCUCACCGAGAUCUAGAGGGCCGCCUGCCCACGCUCCCAGGGGCUGGGCGAAGGGGUCCCGUCCACCUUUUCAUCUGUUCGCCGACAGCCCCCUCCUCCGUGGGUGACAGGUGACAGUGGAAGGUGCUCCUUUUGCGUUGAGACGCUGCAUUGUUUGGCAUUGCGUGUGUUGCGUUGGCAUUUUCAGAAGACAGAAAUCCACACAUCACUAGGCCUGAGCUUUUGGGUACAGAUAUUUAUGAUGAAAAGUGAAAAUACUUUGUCCAAGAUGUAAUCCAUCUGAGAGGAGGUUCUCUGGGGUCUCUCUAGUUUGGGGGGCUGCAGGAAGUCUGACAAGGCGGAGGCUACCGUGGAGGGGCUGGGCUGCGGCCUGAACGCCACUCUGCCAGCCCCAGGUUACAGGGGGCGAAACCCGAAGAGUAAAGGGAUAAGCCCCUCUUCUCCCUUCACCUCCCACCCUCCUGUACAUUUCUUGAAACCAGGCAGGCUACCGAAAUCUCCCCUCUGCAAUGUUCUCCGACAUUCCGGCAGCCUCUCCUGUGAAGAACCGAGAUGGUUACAGUCGGAGAGCAGUACAGAAAAAGCUGCGUUGUAUAUACGUGCAAUAUCUUCCUGAAGGUCUGUGUCUGUAAAUGUGUACAUAGAUGCCUGAUAUAAAUAUAUAAUAUAUACAUACAGCAGAGACAUCAGUGAGAUCUACCUUUCACGCUUCCCCCCAGACACAAGGUUAAGUUAUUUGUGUUAACGUGCACCACGCAGAUCACACUCUGGCUCUGGAACUCAGAGAGCAGGGCCUCCGCGUCCCCAGACACAGGCGGCCUAGCGAACCUCCUCAGACGAACCUCCUCAGACGAGUCUGUCUGCGACCGAGGGCGUGUUCCUUUGGGUUUUUGCAUUGUUGAACACGCAAAGUACAGGAAGAGCACUCCUGCAGUCGGCGCGUGUCAUGUGUGCUUGUAUGACGUCAGAUGUGCCUGUCGAGCAAGCCAACACCCCGACCCAGCUGCACUGCAGUGACUGUCAGCCAAGUGAGACCCCAGCCUGGGUCCUCCCCAUCUCCCGCAGGAAGGUUUUCAUUUGCCACGUGUCCGAGCCCGUGUGCCUCGAUCCUCUUCUCUGUGGACAAACCCCUAAAAAAGCCUUCAUGAAUUUCUGAGAACAUGUUCCUAUGGCAGGGGAAUGUUUUGUACAUGUGUUUAACUAUCGAAACACUACAAACCUAAGUCUGUCACACAACUAAAUUCACGGGUAUGUUUAGGUUUCAGGGAAUUAGAAUAGGUCAUUUGUAUACGUGGGACUGAUAGCUAUUAUGUUAAGAUAUUCUAAUGAAGUAUGUGAACUAAAUUGCUGGUUUUCUAAUAUGUCAUGGGACACGGGUCAUAUAACAAUAUUUUAUAUUUUGUUUUAUGAAAUUGAUUUUGUCUUGCGUGUUAUUUGUAAUUGUGUCGUUGAAGAUGUAUUUGAAGCCAAAGGCAUUAAA